AUGCAGUGUGGCGGCUGCGCCAAGUCCCAUGACCAGGUCUACCUGCUCUGCGCCAACUGCACGUCGAGCACGAUCCAGCAGAAGCGCACGAUGCUGACGGCGCUACGGGCCGACGUCGCUGUGCUCCGCGAGAAGGCUGCGUCGUCGCUCAAGGACGACGUGCAUGCCGAGCCCGACGACGACGACGACGUGCUGGCGCAGGACGAGGCGCGCGACGAGGCCGAGCUCCUCGCGCUCAAAGGCGCACUCGACAUUGAGCGCAUCAAGCUCGCCAAGAUGUUGCACAUGCUCGGGAAGCGGCGCGAUCUCCUCGCGCACACCAAAGCGCGACUCGCCGAGACGGUACCCGCCGACGCAACCGACAUGGACUUUAUCAUGCAAGGUCUCUACCGCGUCUCGCGCUGGAACGAGCAGAACCUCGUGGCCGUGCGGCGCACCAAGGUGCUGCAGCUGCUACAGCUCGUCAAGGUCAUUCCCGCGGACAAGUCGGCUUUCUUUCGCACAAUCAUGCACCUGCCUCUGCCCAUCUCGGGGCGCUUCGAGGGUCUCCCGCCGGACGUGGUCGCCGCCGGCCUCGGCCGCAUCAUCCACCUCCUCCUUGUGUUGCCCAAGUACUUGAGCCCGCUCGUUUACCCGUACCCGAUGGUGCACAACGGAUCCAUGUCGACGAUUGGUCGCGAAACGAGCGACGAAGGCGCGGGCUGCCACACUUUGUACCCGGACGGCAGCCUCGGCUUUGGGCGCGCAACGCAGAUGCUCCAACACAACGUCCUCUACCUCUGCGUCUCGCAGGGCAUGCUGCUCUCCGACUUGCACCCUUCCGAUAUGCUUGGCAACCUCGUCGCGCUCAGUGAACACCCCGAGCUCGGCUCGUGCGUCGCGCUCGAGUCUGAGCUAAAUGCGUUGCGUCAGCAGCAGAGGACGGCGACGCCCCGCGCGUCGACCAAUGACGCGACGCUCAUGGACCACGUUUUGCCGUCGUACGCCGAGCCGUCGCGCAAUCAGACACCGGUGCUCACAGCGUCGAUGCUCGAUUGGAACGUCAUCGACCCGCGUGCGCUGCCAACGAAGCGAGACAUGUAG